AUGACAUCUGCUGCAGUGGAGAAUAUUGCUGUCACUAGGUUUAGAGAGUAUUUACGGAUCAACACCUCUCAUCCAAAUCCAGAUUAUGCUAAAGCCUCAGAGUUUUACAAAAAGUAUGCAGAUGAGCUUGGUUUAACCUAUUGGCAAGUUGAGUUGCCACAGAACAGGGUAGUGGACCUGAUCACUUGGGAGGGAUUGGAACCCACGCUGCCAUCCAUUAUGCUGUACUCUCAUACUGAUGUUGUUCCCAGUUUUCCAGAGCACUGGAAGUAUGACCCCUUCAGUGCCCAUAAAGAGGAGAAUGGGGACAUCUUUGCCAGGGGUGCACAGGAUAUGAAAUGUGUUGGAAUAGGGUACCUAGAAGCAAUACGUAAACUGAAAACAGCAGGGAAGCGUUUCAAGAGGACAUUCCAUGUGACCUUCUGUCCAGAUGAAGAGAUUGGAGGUUUAACAGGCAUGAUAGAAUUUGUGAAAACUAAAGAGUUUGAGAAGCUAAAUAUUGGAUUUGCCUUGGAUGAAGGUAUUGCAAAUCCUGGAGAAGAGUUCAGGCUGUUUUACAGUGAAAGAAAUGUUUGGU